ACCGAGGCGUUCAGAUCAGUUGUCUUUCCACGAUAAUGUGGAUUCUGUAUUCUUUGCUUGUUUCCAUUGUGGCAUCAGCUACAGUGCCGAGAGAUUCAAAUCCAAAUGCAAAACUCCUGGACUUCGUUCGCGGUUACAUUCUUGAGGAGGCCGAUCCCUGCGACGAUUAUCCCCAAUAUGCCUGCGGAAAGUAUCCUACUAGGCACGCUGAAGAUCCGUUCUCUGAAAUCACUCAGAUGCUGGACCAUCAAUUGAAUCAAAAGUUCGUUCAGGUGAUGGGGGAGCUGGAGAAGAGUUCUGAAGCACCCGGAUUUAAUGGCUCCAGCUUGGAGGCAAAGGUUUUGCGCUUCUACCUCAACUGCCGAGAUGCUCCGGAGACGACGCGCAAACUCCAACGUUAUCUGAGUCUGGUGCCGCCAGAUGAGGACCUGUCAUGGCCCCAGUUUCGUCUUGCCGGAAGACCCUGGCCCAAGGAGAAGUUCAAUUGGAUGGAAACCUUGGGUCGUUUACACCGCUACGGCCUCAGCAACGUAUUGAUCAGCACAAUAGUGACACAAAACCUAGAAAACAGCAGGGAGUUUAUUGUGGAUAUCGGCAUGCCCACCUUUACGGGUGAAAAUGACCACAUAAAAGGAUUUGUGGAGACCUUCGCCACUCUUUUAAGUUUAGGUGUCCAGCGAUAUUCUAUCUUCCCUUUAAUGCGCAAGAUGAGGAAACUAGAGAACUCGAUUCAGAAACUCACUGAAGAAAAUGACGACGACGAAGAGGAACUUCAAUUUAUGGCUUUGAGUCGACUUGAAACCUUAACUAGACUAGAAUGGAGGAAGUUUUAUGAAAUAAUAGUCGGCCACCCGGUUUCGCAACGCACUAAAGUUCAAGUUAAGAAUUUACGAUACUUUCGGGCUCUUAAGAGACUAAUAGAUGCUACCGAUAAGGAGUUGUUGGCUAAUUAUAUAAUGACCCGUUUUAUCAUACACCUGACGGGCAACAGCAUGGAGGACAGCGAUCCUAUCGAGUGCAUUAAAGAUGUGCGCCGCAGCAUGAGUCUGGCUACGAAUUUCAUUCAUAAAUAUCGAUUCUUUAGCCCCGAAACCCUUCAGAGGUACACCCAUGAAACUGAAACUCUUUUUGAUCAUCUACGCCGGAGGCUCCUCAAGCUUAUAGAUCAUAAUCGCCUUCGAUUAACAGCGCAACAACGUCGAACCGUCUCCAACAAAGUAAAGGCUAUAUCGAUCAAUAUCGGAAAUGUGCCCAAGACCCCAGACCUGCGAGCAUUUGCUGAAAAGUAUUUUGAGAGCCUGGAGAUGCCGGCAGUCGACAAGGACUACAUUAGGGAGCACCUCAAUCUUUUGGCGUUCAAAACCCGCAAGUCGAUCGAACAGUUAAACUCUCGGGCGCCAACUGUCGAUGAAUAUUUUUACACAAGCGACCCGGACACUGUGAUGAGCUCCGGUCCAUACUACAUAAUACGCGAAAACCAGGUCAUUAUGCCCUUCGGCAUAUUCCAGGAGCCACUGUUUGUACCCGAAAGUCACAAUGUGUUCAAAUAUAGCCUAAUGGGCUUUGUCCUUGCCCACGAACUCACACACGCCAUCGAUGGGGACGGCAUUUUCUUCAACAUUCAAGGAAACGCGGAUCUAUCGGCCACGGAAAUAUUCGAAUCCCCACGGUUCCAGGAGGAAAUGGAGUGCAUGAAUCGCAAUAAGACAGAGUAUAUAAAUGAGCGUUUGGCGGACAUUACCGGACUUCAUCUGGCGUAUGGCACUUACUUUAGCAACGAAACUGGCAGCCCCUUCCAGAUCAGCCCCAGGGAAUUCAACCAUAUGUCCCAGGAGAAGAUAUUUUUCCUUAGCCUGGCUCAGUUCUUCUGUGGCGAUGGACCCGCAACAAUGUUUCUUGAACAUGACGAUGAUAAGCUAAGAUUGGCCCAAAUGCUGAGCGGCUUCAGUCCGUUCGACAGAGCCUUCGGUUGUCGUAGACCCAGUCCCGAUGCGUGCAGGCUCUGGUAAACCAAAGAUCAAGUAAAGACACAACGGAGGAUUUAGUUUAUUGACUUUCUAGAAACAUUAUCUUUGUAUAUUCUUGAUAUUAUUCCAAAAUGUAAAUAGUUUUCUUUUGUGCUCUAUAAAUAUCAACAACAUAAUAUGUUUACAUA